UGCACCGCAGACAGCGCCGCGCCGGCAGCCCAGACGGCUGGGCCGGGCGCGCGCCUGGGGGAGGGGCGCGCGAGACGCGGCGCGGGGGCCUGGGGGACCCAGCAGGCCGGCGGCGCGCGCCCCAAGGACCAGAGCGCGACAGAAACGCCGGCGGGCCCGCAACUGGCUCCGUCCCCUUCCCCCUCCGCCACCCCGCCCCGGCCCCCUGCCCCCACGUCCCCGCCCCCCCGUGCGGCCGGAGACGGCGGCGGCGUCUGCGGGAAGCCGAGUGUCUCCGCAGUGACGUGGGCGGGCCGGGGCUCGGUGACGUCAGGCCGUGUGUAGCGAUGUGUGGGUUCGGAGCGGCGCCGGCACAGCCGAAGGCGGCGGGCGAGCGGCGGCGGCGGGUGCAGACGGACGCGCCACCAGGGAUGGAGGUGCAGUCAUGGUGCCCUGUGAUAAAGCAGGAAGGUGACCACGCUCCUCAGACACAUUCAUUUUUACACCCCAGUUACUACUUAUACAUGUGUGAUAAAGUGGUUGCCCCAAACGUGUCACUUACUUCUGCUGUGUCCCAGUCUAAAGAGAUCACCAAGGCAGAGGCAAGUAAGUCCACGUCCAGACAGGCAGACAAGCCUUACAGUAGCAGUAAGCAUCAGAAAACAGCAUCUUAUCCAGAUGUCUCACUUGAGGAACAGGAGAAAAUGGAUUUAAAAUCAAGCAGAGAAUUAUGUAGCCAUUUAGACUCAUCAAACUCAAAUAAUUCUACAAGUAAAAAAAAGUCUGAGUCGACUGCUUGCAACUUUGUCAGAGACCUGAGCGCUACAGCUUCCUCUCCACUGCUUGUCAGAGACGUCACUUGUGAGGAUGAUAAGGGAAAAAUCAUGGAAGAAGUAAUGAGAACUUACGUAAAACAACAAGAAAAACUGAACUCAAUUUUGCAAAAAAAGCAACAACUUCAGAUGGAAGUGGAGAUGUUGGGCAGCUCACGGGCUAUGAAGGAGCUGACUGAAGAGCAGCAGAAUUUGCAGAGAGAGCUUGAAUCUUUGCAGAAUGAACAUGCUCAAAGAAUGGAAGAAUUUUAUGUUGAACAGAAAGAUUUAGAGAAAAAAUUGGAACAAGUAAUGAAGCAAAAAUGCUCCUGUGACUCGAAUUUGGAAAAAGAUAAGGAGGCAGAGUACGCAGCCCAGUUGGCGGAGCUGAGGCAGAGACUGGACCACGCUGAGGCCGACAGGCAGGAACUCCAGGACGAGCUCAGACAGGAGCGGGAGGCAAGGCAGAAGUUAGAGAUGAUGAUAAAGGAGCUCAAGCUGCAAAUCCUGAAAUCAUCAAAGACUGCUAAAGAGUAGAGAUUCAUCUGUGUGUCACUGACAGGGGUCUUUGGUUUGUUGCUUGCUUUGGUAGUUGAUUCUGAACAACUGUCUGCAUGAAGAUGAUGCAUUCUGACGUUUGUAGAUAGAGAAAGCGAAGAGAUUAUAUAUUAGUACAUAAAUUUUUACAUUUUCCAAACAAAUGAAAACGUGUGUUUCUUUGUACUUUUUUUUAAAAAUCAGCUCAGUAACAAUACUAUAUGGUUUCAACUAGUAGAUAAUCUGCCUAUAUUUCUAAUGCAAACUUAACCAAUUGUAUACUUUUUAAAAGUUGCAGUAUGUGAUGGAAAAUAGCUGUGGUUAAUUUUACUAUCCAUAUUUCUGACUUAAUUUUAGAUAAAAUGGUUGCUUCAUAUUUCAAAUAUAUAACUGAGCUACUCAAGGAGUUGAAUCUCCAUUUUUCUUGUUAAUAUAAGUCCUUUCUAAGUUGAUGUAGUAUACUCGUUACUAUCUGCAGAAUUUUCUUCUCUUUGUUCAGAUUUUGGACUGAAUUUCCACCAGUUAUUCUGAUGCCUCCUAAGAGGAAUUUCAUUGAGGUUACAGCGCUCCCUGUGGGCACAGUGGGGAUUCAUCACAGGCAUUGCCGCGCGUUGCUGGCCAACACAAGAUGCAGCUGUAACUUGUUUCCCAGUUUAAAUGUGGUUGUAUUUAGAGGACUUUUUAUGCAGCAACUUCAGUAAUAUAUUGUUAGUAGAGGUGUGAAGAUGUUACUAUUGGUGAGGAAGAUGGACACCACUGGCGUUCACCGGCCUCUGCUUUGUGACCCCUGUGCAGUUUGUGUGUAGUUAUGGGGCUUAACCAAAAUUUUUGUAAUGGGUUUAUAAUGUAAAAUAUUUAAAACAUCUUGAAGGUUAUUUUGGACUUCUGUAUGUUUAAACGUGUAGUCUUACCAAAAUUUGCACAAAUGGACCAUUUUCAAUUAUACUUAAUAUCAAAAUCAAGAAUUUAUUGUUAACUUAGAGUGUGUGAUAAGUGAGUAUAGGACAGCUUAGUUAUCUGCUACUGAAAGCCUUUCCGAUAAUUUUUAAAAGACAAAGGAAUUCUAUAAUUUGGAGAGGGGCCACAUUUUCUGCACUUUUUGCACAGAAAAGUCUGUCAUCUCUAACAGCAAAUUUCAUAUUAGUAAUUCUUGGCUUAGGCCAUAUUAGGUAAAAUUCUUAGUAUGCAUUUUUUUUUUUUUUUUUUGCAGUUUUUGGCCAGGGCUGGGUCUGAACCCACCACCUGCGGUAUAUAGGGCCGGCGCCCUACUCCUUUGAGCCACAGGCGCUGCCCUUAGUAUGCAUUUUUAAAGGACUUUCCUCAAACUACCACUAAUUGACAUUAUACCAUGAACUUUUGUUUUUCAUGUUCUUUUAUAAGGUACUGUGUGGAGUUACUUAGAGCUAAAUUUAUUUUAAAAAUAAAUUAGCUAGGGUUAAGGUCGUAUGCUGUUUCUACCAUGAAAGGUCAAUGCGCUGACGGUAUAGAGCUUUGAAAAGUCACUGGGUUAUCAUAUAGUCAGUCAUUUUUAUAUUUUGCUCAAUGGUACUCAUAUAUCCAAAAAGAAUUUUUGUAUUUCCCCAAGUUGUAGUUUCCUUAUUAAUAAAUUGAAUAUGAUCUGAAUAUGUAUUUUUUGUUUUCCAUUGUAAAGUUAAAAGUGUCAUAUAACUUUUUGGUAUAGUUAAAUGUUAUUAUAUUAACUCUGUGAUUUAAUUUGUUGAUUCAUGGAAUCUACUCAAGAAGAAACAAACGUAUAGUGCAGAAAGACAUAGUUAAGAUGCCAUACCCUCCCAAUGCCAUUUAUUUGAGCAUUGGUUCUCAACCUUCCUAAUGCUGCGAGCCUUUAAUACAGUUCCUAUGAAUUGAGAACUGCUGAUCUAGAGAAAGAAAAAUCACAAGACUAGUUUUAGUUGUCAAUUAGUUGUCACAGCUUAGGUUUUUGGAAGGCAAACUUAAGCACCUAUAAUUUUAUUUAUUUUUCUAAUUCAGAACUUUUCUGCUUAAUGUUACUUAGUUAAUGAUAAACUUAAAUUUCAGCCCAAAACUUCUGAAAUAAAUUGCUUAGUCUUGAAAUAUAUUAUGCUUAAACACCAUUAAAUUACUGUAGACUUGUGACUCAGAACUGAGUGGAGGAUGCUUUUUCUAGCCCUUCCUGUCAUGGAGACUUGCCACACAAUACUGGGCAGCCUCCACUUUCCAGAAGAUGCUGUGAUGUGCUGUAGGUUUCUGUCUGUAACUUCCUUGAACAUAAGAUUUUUUUUAGUCACUUGUAAAUAUUAUACCAGUUAUUGUUAAAAGUAACUUUACACCACAUAGCUUGAAAACAAUACAGAGAUUUUGUAAUACUUUAAAAGUGGCCUCUACUAACAUGUCCGUGUCAAACUUGCCUUCUGCUCCUGGCAUGCUCACUGUGUGGGCUGGUCGCUAGCUUAAAUGAUUUGGUGUUGGUUUUUGCUUGCGAAGUUCACUGGGCAAGCAGAUUUUCCCUCAGACUUUAUAAUAUUGUUCUUUUAAGGGAAAAUAUAGAAGUGUUUACUCUAAAAAGCUGCAUUAAAGGAAUGUCCUGUAAAAGGUUUUGCUGGAGUGUCUUUGUAAGGAAGAACAGAAGGUGAGUUUGGGUGAUGGUGGUGAGCACUUCUGUAGUCUAUAGGUAGUUGAUGUAAAACCUCCUGCGUCAUUGAGGGAGUGAGUUCUUAAACUAUCCUGAAUUUUUAAACUGCAACUUGUAACACAAUGAAAAGAUUUGACCAAUGAUUUAAUGUCUGCUUGUGCUUUGGUUUUUGUAAACCACAGAAAUUUUGCUUGAAUUUCUGUGUUUGUGAGAGUUUGGGUGUUUUCUGCUUCUUGAAUGAAUUUUAUAACAUAUUUAAUAUAUUACCAGUUAAGAUAUAAAGUCAUCUGUACAUAUUGAAUUAUAAAGCAGUUACUAAAGUAGGUUAAUAGACCAAAUCAUAUGACCCUUGCGGGGUUUCCGUAUCUUUUAGAAGUCAUCAUGGAACGACUAGUUUAUUUGCACAUUUGUGGCUUCAGUUUGAAAGAAAGUAAAAUGAUAAGGAAACUCUAGCAAUAUAAAGUGUGUCAAGGUAUUACCCUAGAAUUAAUUGCAAAGCUGGUGGGUUUUGAUCAGCUUCUCAGAUUUUCUUCUCAAUGAUAAGACUUACGUUUUGAUUGCUUAGGGAAGGAUCUUCACUUUUAUUUGCCCUUUAUACAUUUAAUUCACGUGAUAAUAGGGCAUUAAAAAUUAAUAUAAUGAAAAAUUGUGUUCAUACUGUACAUCUGUUUCGUGUUUGAACUACUUGUUCAUGGUUUUUAUCAAAGUCAUCAGCAAUAAGGGACAUCACAGCUGUAUCACGCGUCACGGAAUGGAAUAAUUUAGACAGCUUAAAAUCUUGUAGGACAUGUAAGCUUUCCAUUACUGGGUGAAAGGCAUAUGGGCAUUUUAUACUGCAUCUUGUUUAAAAGGACAUGCUUUUUUUUUUUUCAAUAAAGUCUUUUCAUUAAAUGGCUUCUAAACUUCAUAAUAUGGUUUGGAGCCUAUUUAGUAAUAGAAUUUAAAUGUCUUAUGUAGUGCUACCAGUUUUUGAAUUAGAAAGUGAAGAAAUGUAAAAAAUUUAAAAAUUAAGCCCAGAAAAUGAGUGUAUUAGUUUAAUAUAAAAGAAGUUUAUAAGAUUUUUUUUUCUUCAAUGUAGAUACCUCACUUGAAAAUAAAGCACAGCAUAUAUCUAACGUAGUUCUAGGAAAAACGUCCUAUGAAAACAUGUGCUGAAACUAGGACAUCUUUUGGAUAAUUAGAGUUUGUGAUAAAUAAACUUGCUUUCAACCAUCCUGGUAGAAGUAUGAGUUUAUUCUGGUAAUUUUAAGCCAACAUAGUAGUCUUAAGUUAUUUCUGAAUUUCUAAUUUGUAAAGGCAGUAGAUGAAAUCUGUUUUGCAGCUGUUAAAUUGUUAAGAACAUUGACCAUAAAUCAAUUUAAAGUUUUGCCAAUGAUGUACAAAUUAAAAUUGCUGUGGUUGGUUGCAUUACAUGACACACAAAACUGUCCUCUACCUCACGUAAAAUAAAUAUUUUAUAUCGUUUUACUAAAAAAUAAGACUCAUUUAUCUGGUCACUUAGUUUACAAAUUUUGGAUUAUAUUUAUUGAAACAUACUGUGCUCUUAGCUUAUACCUCAAUUGUAUUUUGUGCUGUUUUCCAUUUUCAUGCCAUGUAAAUAACUUGUAUAGAUUGUGGAUCAAAUUCCAAAUAAAAACUUUUAAUGCCAAU